AUGGAUCAAGAAGACAGGGAGGAGCUGGAGCGGGAACAACAGCUGCGUGAACGCUUUUCGCAAAAGAUUGAGGAAGCCAUGCCGCAGCACGCGCGGCAUGGCACUGGUAAUUGUAGUAGUGGGACUUGCGGGGCUCAACCGACCUCCUCGACCGCGAUGUUUUUCCGAUUUAUGUUUUUCUUGACUUCAAUACUCCUCCUUUUGGGACUCACACAAAUCACCGACGCAAAUUCUCCUUUAAACCUCAUGCGGAGCAUGCCUUGGUGGCAGCUGCCCAUAUCUUCAGUUUCGUACUUUACACUUAUGGCAGCUUUGCUGCCGUACAGAGAGCAGCGUCGGAUAAAGGAGGAAUAUGAGGCUGCCUCAAAGCUUAAUCCAUCACUGACGCUUGAUCAGUUCUUUGCCCAGCGCUAUCCCACUAUCUUCCAAGGCUACCACACUCAGCAGCAGGAGGUUGUGGCAGCCGUCUCUGCAUGCUUUGCCUCAGCCAAUGACUUGAAGUUCGUCAAGUCUGUUUCGCGUGCUGCGGGGUCUGCCAGAGAUAUAAGGGCCUCCGUCGACAAUAUAAUAGGAACCCUGAAGCGGGAUUAUCCACAUCUCUUUCAAAGCAACGGAACCUCGCCAGUGCCAUCGAUGAGAGUGUAG